AGAGCAGGCAGCAGUGGAGCUUGCAGCUGCCAGUCAGGGGUGAGUGAGGAGCUUGGUGUGGGGGGCAGCCCAGGGGCCCCUGGAAUUGCUUGCCUUUUUUUUUUUUCCUUCUUCUUUGCUCUUCUGUGGCCCCUCUGGAGUUGGGAUGUAACCAGGUCUGGCUGUGCCAUGUAUUGGAAGGGCGAUCAGAUGUUUCUAUGUAAACUUGAAGACAAGGAUAUCCCUGCAGUGCAUUCUGACAAGUUUCCAUCCCUUAUGUCGGAGGAGUGUGGGGGAGCAGCGCUGACCAUGGGGAGGAGCCGCAAGAGCGAGGGCAGCCUGCUCCAAGGAAGUCCGGGUGCUGCUCUGGAUGAAGAUUCAUGUUCAUCAAUUCCUCUGUCCCCGGGGUCCUCAUCGUCUCCUCACUCCAUGCCAUCCUCUGGUCUUACUCAAGGAAAAAGUAUCUGCAGCAGCUGUGGCAUGGAGAUUGUAGAUAAAUACCUGCUCAAGGUAAACGACUUGUGUUGGCACGUGCGAUGUCUGUCCUGUAGUGUAUGCAGGACUUCACUGGGAAGACACACAAGCUGUUAUAUCAAAGACAAAGAUAUUUUUUGCAAGCUCGAUUAUUUCAGGCGAUAUGGAACGCGGUGUUCGCGUUGCGGCAGGCACAUCCACUCCACAGACUGGGUGAGGCGGGCGAAGGGUAACGUCUACCACUUGGCAUGCUUUGCCUGCUAUUCCUGUAAAAGGCAGCUGUCCACAGGGGAGGAGUUUGCUCUGGUGGAGGAAAAGGUUUUGUGUCGGGUGCACUACGACUGCAUGUUGGACAACCUGAAACGAGCCGUGGAGAAUGGGAACCGUGUCAGUGUGGAAGGGGCUUUGUUGACAGAACAAGAUAUUAAUCAGCCAAAACCAGCUAAAAGGGCUCGUACCAGCUUCACAGCGGACCAGCUCCAAGUUAUGCAAGCACAGUUUGCCCAGGACAACAAUCCGGAUGCACAGACGCUACAGAAAUUGUCAGAAAGGACGGGUCUAAGCAGACGCGUAAUACAGGUCUGGUUUCAGAACUGUAGAGCGCGUCACAAGAAACAUGUUAGUCCUACUCAUUCCUCAACUGCGCCGAUUACAGCCAUUCAAUCCUCAAGGCUUUCCCCACCUAUGAUGGAGGAAAUGACCUACUCUGCAUACGUACCUCAAGAUGGGCCCAUGCUGACCGCUCUGCACAGUUACAUGGAUGCAGGGAAUUCCCGGCUGAAAGGAGAAUUUCGAGAGGGAGCAAUGUAUACACGGAGGAUUUGUCACUUGCCGACAGGGGCUCAUUCACCGACAGCUCUUGGACUCCAGUCAAUGCUGCCUCACUCCAUGGCGCAACUACCUAUAAGUCACGCAUAAACUUUUUCUCCAAGAAUGUAAAUGCUUUGGGUAAAACUGAGUCAUUUAUUGUGUAUAAAAUAUAAUUAAGAUCAUUUAGUUAUUUUUAUAUCAACUGUCCAUACUGAAGUACACAACGCUUGUACUAUUCAGUAAAAGGGUCACUAUACACACAAAUGCACAUCCGGUUUUGUUGACCAUGUCGCUGCCCCUCAUUAUGUAAGUAUUAUUGGGUUCAGCUUACAGCGCCACUAAGUUCUCACGUGUCUAUUUUUUUUCUUUGUACUGUCUGGAAUUAGUCCAAACUUAGUUGUUUGUUAAUUUAUUUGUCAUCAGAAGAGCACUUUGCCAAAAAGAAGAAAAAUGGACUGACAAGUGUGCAAAAAAAUGUUUACAAUUUUUUUUUGUGAAAUUGUAUUUUUCAUUAGUUUGUACCUGUAAAUUAUUACAAAAGUGCAUAUGUAUUUUGUUUUGCUUGGAACAGUUUUUUUUGUUUUUGUAUCUGAACUGGCCACAUUCUGUUGGAAAUUUGUUUUUCCUUUUUCAAGCAAACUUAAUAAAGCUUUGAUUACAUCC